GUUAGCGCCUGCGCAGUUCUUUCCGGCGGCUCCGUUGCGGCUAGCGCUGCUCAGCCAGGAGGCUUCUUCCUCGCGCGCACCAGCAUGGCGACGGAUUCCUGGGCUCUGGCGGUGGACGAGCAGGAAGCGGCGGCAGAGUCGGUGAGAAGGCAGGGAGGGGAGAAGCCCGGGUGGGGUGGGGGGAGGGGACCCUUCCUUCUUAUUAUGGUAUUUUUUUCUAUUUCCCGUAACUCGCUUUUCCUCUCAGGGCAGCAUGUAUUGCUCUCCACGCGUUGCUGGUCUCCGUGGUUUACAACAGCCCUGCGAGGUAGGGCAGGUGGCCCAAGGUCACGUGGUGAGCUCCAUGGCUGAGGGGUGGGUGUGAUGGACCUUGGGCCUCUUUAGUCGUUCUCCCAACGCCCCAUAAUUAUUUAAUAAUUCAUUUAUUACAUUUAUAUAAUUCGUCACCUUUUCCUCCAAGGAACGAAAGGCCCACUCCACCCCCUACCCCCGUGUUACCCUUGCAAUAACUAUGAGGUAGGUUAGGUUAAGAGGCAAGCAACUGGCCCAAAGCCACCCAGUGAGCUUCAUGGCUGAGUGGGGAUUUGAACCCUGGUCUUCCAAGUCCUAGUCCGACACUUCGACCAUCACAUUUUCUCCCCUCCCCCUUCUAGAGGUUGCUAGAAAUGCCAUCAACCUUGCCUGUGGUUAGGGAUGAUCAGAGUUGAAGUUACAGCCAUGCAACCCUUUGGGAACACUGUCCUAACCCCCUGCACUUCACUGCUUGUAGGCAUGCAAUCCAAAGUGAGUGCAAUCAAAAUGAAUGAGCCACCCCCAGGGAGCCUUUUUGGCUGAAAGGUGGCAUAUAAACAGAUAGUAAUGUAACUUCCCAUGGAGGUGCCUGGAAACAGCCUCAGACUUAUGCUGUCUGUUCUUCCAUCACAUGCAUGUUUUGCGUAUUAACAUCCUGCUUUAACCCAAGUGGCUGAAGGCAGCAUGCAUAGUUCCCAUUUUAUCGUCACAACAGCCUUGUGAAGUACUCUUGCUAGUGAGCUUCAUGAUCAAGAUAGCUUCCCCAGUCUUCGUCCUCUGUGGUGCCCUGCAAAUGUUGCUGGACUGAAGUUCCAAUUAUCCUGGACCAUUCACCAUGCUGGCUGGGGGCUGGUGGGAGUUGCAGUCCAAUAGUCUCUGCAAGUCACCAUGCCUACUCUAGUUGCUGCACCACACUAUCCACAGGCACACAGUCUGAAUUGUGCGACGUAGUUAGCGGAAAUAGAGGCUGUACUUGUUGCAGUACAUUCUUUUAACAUUUUAUCUGGCAUUCCAUGCUGCCUUGGUAAAAUUCUGCAUUUUUGAAAGGUCAUGUAUUCCUGGGAGGAGCUAAUUUCCUUAAAACAGAGGUUUGUGGUUGUAUUAUUAAUGUUGGAAGGGAGGACAUAUUUUCUGACCCCACUGGAGGAGGGAGGAAGAGAACUGGUUUCCUAAAUACUGUACAGAGAUUAUUUAAACUUUUUAAAAAUUCACUGGUAUAUGGUUUUAUAGAAAUUGGUAUCUGUCUGGAUGCUUAAGUGGGCCAUGGGCCUUCAUGGUGUAAGCAGAGUCCCAUAGUGGAUGGACAUAUGAUCUGGGCAGAUUUGUCCAGGUAAUCCAGAAAUGGGUGCCAAAUACCAUGGAAGGAAUCUGGCAUUUCUUGUCCCAUUGGGAUAUAUGUAUGUUUAGUGCAAUGCCAUUAUCUGGGAUACUUCAGUUGGUAGAACAUGAGACUUAAUCUCAGGUUUAGAGCCCCAUGUGGGGUAAAAGAUUCCUGCAAUGCAGGAGGUUGAACAAGAUGACCCUUGUGGUUCCUUUCCAAUUCUAUGAUUCUAUUGGGGGAUAGCAGGGAAGUAUAAUAUAUCUCCAACCAGUUUUUGUGACACAUGAGCUAAAGCUUUAGUGCUAUUUCCGUGUUUCCUUUAAAGGAAUGUGAUACUAAAUUCAAGAUAUGGGGGCAAGAAUCUGGUAGUGGAGAUAAAGCAGUUGCUUGCAGUCUGUGUUUCUCUCUGUAUUUAUUAGCCAGUGUUAUCUUUUUAAAGUACUUAAAACUUGGGGAUUUAAAGAAAAAACCUUUUGGUGGGUAAAGCACUUGAAACUUUCCUUAUUUUAUGUAACAAAACCCUGCAUAUCUGUCCCAUUCAAACAAAUCUGUCAUGAUACGUGCCCUGUACAGAUCUUUAUUGUUUAGCCACAGGCAGUGUUAGAAACUGAGAUAUGAAAUCUAGGAGCUAAAUGGCACCUUAAAUCUAAGUUAUGGGUGCAACAACGUCUAGGGACAUUUUUAAUAACAAGAAUACAAAGCUGAAGAUGAAUGAACUGCAGCUAAAAUACUAUAUUCAUUUUUCACAUGGUCUAGUCCUCAUCUGAAGGACCUAAAAAGAACCCAGCUGGAUCUGUUAUGGAAUCCACUUUUCACAGUGAACAUUCAGUAGCCUAUGGGAAGCCUAUAAGCAGCACAUGAGCGCAACUUCACUCUCCCCUCUUGUGAUCCACAGGAACUGGUGUUCGGAGCCAUACCUCCUGUAAUACUGGAGGUAGUACACAGCCAUUAUGUGUAAUAGUCAUUUAUAUCCUUAUCUUCCAUGAAUUUGUCUAAUCAGAUUCGAAAGCCAUCCAAGUUGGUGGUCAUCACUACAUUCUUCUCCUUUUCCAGCCUCCCCAAGUAUUUCCGUCUGUCUUUUCCAGCCGACAAUAUUCUGUGGGUAUGGGCCAUGCUUAAUCCACAUUGCCAUGUUCUGGAUGUGCUUUUUGACUUUCGCUUCCAACUGUGGAGCCCCUGGUUCAGAAUCUUGCAUCUGCUACCAGCUCACUCGCUGUCAGUGGGAAAAUAGCUUUUGAUCAACCUCUGUACCAGUGUUUCUCAAACUUGGGUCUCCAGCUGUUGUUGGACUACAGCUCCCAUCAUUAGGACCAGAGAUGAUGGUCAGAGAUGAUGGAAGUUGUAGUCCAACAACAGCUGGGGACCCAAGUUUGAGAAACAGAUUUAUACCUUCCCAUCUGCAAUGUGGGGGACAUACUGGUCUGCCUUAUGCCAGGCUGGCAGUAAGAAUGACUGCAAAUGUACAAAGCAUAAUGAUGAAGAAACUGGACCAGCCGUAGCAUUUGGGUGACUUGUUCUGUUUUUGUUUUUUUAGAUGAGCAACUUGCACCUGAAGGACGAGAAAUCCAAGCCAGACUCUAAUGGUGAGCAUAACCAUGACUUACUGGGUUGAGCAAGCCAUCAACUACUUUUCCUCUUUCCCCCAAAUCUUUCUCUUUUUCUGUUUCUCUAUUCCUUUCUUGUUCUUGCUAUGCAGCACUCAGAGCAAAAGGCAACCCUGACACUGUUGCUGCAGCUAGAAUCGUACAAGGCAGGACAACUCAAGGCACAGGUGGGGGAACUGGAUCAGCUGGUGGGCCAGAUCCUUACCUCCUUCACCACCACCACCCACCGGCCAACUUUGGCAGGUGUGCAGGGGACCACACCUGUCAGUCGCCUGGUGCCAUUAUGAUGUCAGGUGAUGACUUAAAGGGUGCUCGCUCUCUCGCUGGCUGAUGGGUGCUGCGAGCAGCCCUCUCAGUCGCACUAGGUCAGCCAACCCCAGUGACAUCUUUUGUGCUGGAUGUCACCCUUGAUGUCAUAUGUUGGAAUGGUGCAUAUGGUUUGUGGGGGAAUCCUCUUGUGGGUCUAAUUAGAACCACAGCCGGGAUUAAGGCUGCAGGCCAGAGAUCCACUGCUGCUGAAUCUUAAGGGUAUCCAAAGUUGGCUGGGAGGUUACAAAAACAAAUCCCUGUUGCUGGCACUUAAACGCAAACAAUAUUGUGGCAUAACCUUUUGGGGACCAGAAGCCACCCUGACAGGUGCACAAAGCAGUCUUCUGAGUUGGCAGGUAUUUGUACAUAUGGGGUUGGUGGGUGGUAAAUGUAACUGUAGACCUGAAAGGGCAUGAAAUACAAUUAGUGGCUGCAUCAGAAAUGAAUACAAGGUUCAGUUGGUUUACUUGUGACUUGCUCCCCCCAAUAGUUGCAGCUGUUAAAUUGGCAAAGCAAGCUGGAGAGUGUGAAUAUUGAAGUACUUGCCAGUGUGGUGUAGUGGUUAAGAGCGGUAGAGUCAUAAUCUGGUGAACCGGGUUCGCGUCUCCGCUCCUCCACAUGCAGCUGCUGGGUGACCUUGGGCUAGUCACACUUCUCUGAAGUCUCUCAGCCCCACUCACCUCACAGAGUGUUUGUUGUGGGGGAGGAAGGGAAAGGAGAAUGUUAGCAGCUUUGAGUCUCCUUCGGGUAGUGAUAAAGCGGGAUAUCAAAUCCAAACUCUUCUUCUUCUUCUUCCUUUAGCAAGAGACUGAUUCCCAAGUCUCUGCUCUGUCCCACAGUAUCACGUUUGAUAAUGAAUUUAAGUCAGCUACUGUAGUUCAAACCGACUACAGUCAUACCUCAGGUUGCGAAUGCUGCAGGUUGCGCAUUUUCGGGUUAGGGACCUCACUGAACCCGGAAGUACUGGAACGGGUUACUUCCGGGUUUCGGUGCUCGCGCAUGCACAGAAGCACCAAAUCGCGUCACAUGCGUGCGAAGACGCGGCGCUACGGGUUGCGAACGUUGCUUCCUGCACACAGAUCAUGUUCACAACCCGAGGUUCCACUGUAUUCCCAUUCAAAUUCCUCCAGAUAACUUGUUCAAUCUAUUUGCACCCCACCCUAGAUCACACCAACAUAGUUCCUCUUCAAUUUAUUUACCCCAAUUAAUUUAUCAAUAGAUUCUGCCCCAAAUAAAUUAAUUACUUUCUGUUCCCCUCGUUUGUUAUCCCAUCCCGCAUUAUCCCUAGAUAAAUGCAUCUUUUCAUCAACCCCUCCAAAUUAACAUGCAGCAAUCCAAAACCAUUGCCCAGCCAGAAAUACUUGGGGCACUUUGAAAAGGAUUUGGGAGCCUCUGCCCUGUGGGCAACAAUCCGCGCCUCCCUGGGUGAGAGAUUGGCAUAUGUAGCGUGUGGGCUUUACCUAGCCUGUAAAACUGUCUGGAAAUCUAGCAUAGUUGCCUAUUUGAGCUCCUUGGCUUGUUGGUACAGCAUGAAACACUUGACCCAUUAAGGAUGAUUGUUCUGCUUCUGUUUAAUUGUACUGUAAACUGUUUGUCCGAACACAGGAGCAGUUCUCAAGACAGAUGACAAUACGGAGAAGGUUGAAGAGGAGGAAAAAGGUAAGCCUCUUGGACCCCAGAGGGCAAGCUGGGGGAAAGCAAAGAUAAACGGGGGGGGGGAAUAACUCAGUGGGUAAAGCAUGUCCCGUUGCACAUACAAAAGUCCCUGGUUCAAUCCCCUGCAUCUUCAGUUAAAGUAUCUGUGGUGGUAGUGGUAGGAGACUGCUGCUGGGCUCCAACUCCCAUCAGCCGCAGGCAGCAUAGCCAGCAGGUAGGGAUGUUGGGAGUUGUAGUCCAACAACAUAUGGGGGCUACAUUUCCCCUUCUGUGGCUGGUGCUGAUGGGAGCUGUAGUUGGAAACAUCUGAACAUAUCAUGUUGGUGAAGGCUUCUGUCUGUCUUGGAGAGCCACUGCCUGCCUACCUGGAUCGACCAGUGGUAUUACUUGUUCCUUUUGGGGGUGGAGCCAUAACUCGGUGGUAGAGUGUCUGACCACAAGAAGAGCCUACUGGAUCAAGCCACAGCCUCCUUUUCUUGGGAGGCCUAGGCAGCCAAGUGUCACUGUCCAGUUCUUUUAUGUCCUGAGGGAAAGCAAAGCCCACCAGGGUUCCAUUCAUGGUGCCAGCAGCUUUUCCAUCUGCUGGUUCUAUCUCAACCACUGGGACAAGAAUCCACACCUUCGACUUUCUAAUCCAGAGUGAAAGACUUGGCAGGAUGUACCCCCGCCUCCUUCACAGUACAGAUAAUGUUCAGUGGAUUUGAAAGGAUGUUAUUUUUACGGGUGUCCAGGGCCACAUUCGCACGGCACAUUUACAGCACUAUGAUAGAACUUUCAACAAUCAGGACUCCCCCCCCCCAACCAAAGAACUUUGGGAGCUGUAGUUUGUGAAAAGUUCUGGGAGUUAUUAGGAGGCCCCUGUUCUCCUCCCAGAGUUACAAUUUCUAGAGUUCCCUGGGAAGAAAGAUGGCUUGUUAAACCACCCUGGGAACUGUAGCUCUGUGAGGGCAUUAGGGCUCUCGGCACCCUUAACGAACUACCCCUCCCAGAAUUCUUUUGGGGCAAAGCCAGGACUUUAAAGUGUUUAAAGUGAUGUUUAAAGUGUUUAAAGGCACCAAUUACAGGGGGAAGAGGUGUGUGUGUAUCACUGACCUUCCAAAGGAGCCCAGCAUGUUUUGAACAGAGUUCUUCCUUGUGCGGUACUCCUAAAGAACCAAUUUCAGUUCUGGUCAUUUUGUGCUGUUCAUAGUAGUCCAUAUGUUAUAGGUGUCCAGCCAGUAUAUCAGUACUCUAGCUGCCAUCACCCCUGGCCAUUGGCCACGCUGGCUGGAACUGAUUAGGGCUGGAGUCCCAACAACCUCUGGCUGCAGGUUGUUCAUCCCUGCAGUAUAUGGAUUAAAUAGGCGCUAGGGAACAACCCAUAUCUCCUUUAUUUUCAGUUUUCCCAAAGUACUUUUACCAAAAAUGUGCCAAGUUUGGUGGAGGGAGGACAGUGAGUCUCUGUAGAGAAGCAUUGCCAACCUGCUGCCCUCCAGAUGUUUUGAACUAUAGCACUACUCGGUCCCAGGUCUCUUGGGUGUUCCACACUGCUACUCCACACAGCUUCAUUCAAACAAGGCCAUAAUUCGGUUGACAGAAUUCAGAAGUGAUGGUCACUGCUGGCUUUGAACUGCUUCUGCCAAGGGAUUGAACUGCAGACUACUUGCUCCCCCUUCAACAUUUUCUUUCCUUCUUUCUGUCAGAGGACCGAGCCGCCCAGUCGUUGCUCAACAAGCUGAUCCGCAGCAACCUGGUGGACAACACGAACCAAGUAGAGGUUUUGCAGAGGGAUCCUACGUCGCCUCUCUACUCCGUGAAGUCUUUCGAGGAGCUGCGGCUGUAAGUGCCUCUCCCAGCUUCCCUUUUCGAGCCAUGGGCCCAUGUUUCCCUGCACCCGUUGGGUAAAAUGAACUUUUCAGCCUUGCCCCUUCCUGGUGCAGCCCCAGUUUCUCCAGAAAGGGUGAUCUUAGCGGGUGGGUGGUGGAGCUGCUGUGUAAUUUGUGUGAGGUGGGAUCCCAAGUUGCACUGAAUGAUGUGGACAAAUUCUGGACUGUUACUGCAGGCAGAGAUACCCAUUUCCUCUUACUUGAUCCCAAAACGUGAACGGCUGGGCCAUCUGCUAUCUUCUGGACUUGAUUCAAAUUGUUAGGCUUGGCUUGUUCAUGUCUCAGAAGCAGCCUUUUACAUCUGGCUUGGACCAUGGUUCAUGGAAUGCAGCAAAAUAGCUUAAGCAAUUCUGGAAGAAAAUACUCCCACCACCCUUUUGAGAUAAUGCUUACCCUCCUGUAGUUUUUAUUAUAAGUCCUUGCCAUUGUUUAAAAUAGAACAUUAAAAUUCUCGUGUCCCAUUUUAGGAGGACUUUUAGGGUUGUAUUCAACCAAUACCAAAUUAGAGUAGAAAUGUUGAAAUUAUGGACCUCCAGUUACUUGUGCCUAUUAUCUUCAGUGGGUCUAUCUCUGAAUGGGACUAGCAUUGAAUGCAACCCUUAGUUUCUGUUGUGGCACCACUAGCCUGUUAGGGACUAACAUCUGGUCCCUCCAGCUAUCAUUUCCAGGCUGGAGUUAUUUCUUCUGAGUCCUGCCAUGGCCCAGGCGUGAGAGUUGCAUUUGACGCACCUGAGAACGGGGAGCUAGGGGAGCAGGGAGAUAUUUUGCCUCUCCCUAACAACUCUAGUUCAUCUUAAUUUUAUUUUGACUAUAUCGUCAGCUGCCUUGAACUUUGGCUAGUAGGUGGGGUAUAAAUGAAUGUUUUGUAAUUGAAUAAAUGUUGCUGCCCUAAUUAUAGUUGCUGCCUAAUUGAGCUGAGUUUGCCGUCGCUGUGAGGGAAGAGAGACCUUGUGUCAUGGUUGUGGCAUAGAGGCCGAUCCGUGCCCUGCGUUAGCAGCUGGCAGCGUGGGUAGAUAAUGCUUUUCCUGGCUUUGUUCAAGUCCGUUUAAAGAUGAAAAGCAUCUGGGCUUAACGGUUGAUCACUGUCUCUGCCAAGCACACAGGGAAAACAGAGUUGCAUCUUCUCUACAGAGAGAUACAGCCUCAUUUUAUAUGUCUUGAAAGAAGCCCUGUUGAGUUCAGGGGGCUUCUAGAGAAACACCCUGAUAUCAAAUGGAAGAGCUUUGAAGGGGCUGGACAAAAUUGUAGCUGCUGGUUCUCUCCCCCCCCCCCCCCGCCCGCCCCCAUUUCCUGUCCCGGAGGCAUUACGCUGCAAGCUCUAAAGCUGGAUCAGAAUAUUUUUGUGGCCAAUGUGCCCCACCGCCGCUGCCACCCUUCCCUGUGGCUAGUACAUUGUGUGCAUGUGGUUGCUGCUGUCAGGAUGAUAUGUGGGUGCUUGCCGAGAUAACAGCCCAGGAUUCCAGCCAGUCUUUACAAGAUUUAUUAAGUCCAAAACUAUGUACAGUACGGAGCUCUUAAAAGCAUGUCUGCCUCAGUCACUAUCAGUUGCCGGAAGUGGCUCGGGCCUGUUCCCCCUCCGGAAGUGAAACUUCCUGAGACACCCCCUUUUCCUCCUCUCCUUAUGUGAAAACCUAAGCGCCAGAGGCUGCUCUUUUCUCUCAACUAUAACAGCCUUUAGAUCUCCCUCCCUCUCAUUUUCUGUAUUUCCUGACAGCCCCUCCUCCUCUCCCUCUGACGAAGUGCAGCUGCUCAUCAAAGGAGGCGGCUCUCUGUACAUUCCGGUCUCUCCCCCCUUCUCUGCCAACUGAUCCCUGACAGCUGCAUUAUGUGAAAGGGCUAAGGUACCAGUCCUCAUGGCAAUGCACGGGCAGCAAAGGUGCAGAAAAACGAGAUGGGCAAGUGGAACUGAGCUUCCAUUUACUGAGAGGUGUCUUGGAACAAUUUUGCCCCCCCCCUCCAUUUUUCUCUCCCCUUCCAGCCUGCUAGCUCCUCUUCCUUUUGGUGUGUGUUCUAUCCUCCCUAUUCCUGGCCCUAGUUUCCUGUAAUAUGACCAGCUGUCCCUAACUUGUAUUUCCUGUUUCAGUACAUCAGGUUCCCUCAAUCUAGAUGCUCUUGGACUCCAGCACCCAUAAUCCAUGACGGUUGGCCAUGCCGACUGGGGCUGAUGGGAGUUGGAGUCUUAAAAACCUAUGGAGGGCUACCCCUGAAGUGGAUCUUUACCAUGAUGGUUCCCAUCCCUGCUGCAAAGUUUGCACUGUCCCAGUUUACCCUAUCCACAGGGCGAUGCGCCUCCUCCUGUCAAGCCAUACAUACUUGUUUCUGUUGCGCGUACUGGGAAAUCCAUUUGCUCAGUGGUGUCGAACACUUUGGGUUGUAUCCAACUAUGAUAUACUCAGAGUAGACAAGAUUGAACUUCGUAUUAGUCAUGUCCAUUAACUGCAGUGGGUCUGCUCUGAAUUGCACCAGCAUUGGCUACAACUCAGGGUCUGCCACUGAUCACUACCCAGUGGCCUCCCUUUAUCCACCUGGAUAAGAAGAUCCCAUCUUUAAUUGCUUUGUAGCAUCCCAUUCCUGCAGGAUCUUCUAGCAGCCAUCUCCUAAAGGGCCCUGCUUCUUGCCAAGGAGCUGAAUGGUUUUGUCUGGUGAGGGCUCUGUUGUUGUUGGGAAAGAUGCUUCCCUCCUUGUGCCCCUCCUUCAGGAGAUUGCUACCAACUGGCAACUCGAGAGACCUCCUUUCCCUUAUAUCUUCAGUCGAGUGUUGCAGUCUGCAGGAGAGUUUUCUCCUGCGAGUUUCAAAAGUCGCCGUAACUCUGAGCAAGGGCUCUUAGUGUGGUGGCUGCCCCUGUUCUGUGAAACAGCAUUCUGGAAGCAGUUGAAUAUAUUUUUGCUCCAGCAGGCUUCCCCAGCUGAAUAAAUGGGUCUUUGCCACAAGUGUCCACUUGUUAGAGUUUAAGUCUUGUUCUAUUUGUGGUUUUAAUUGUAUAAUUAUAUGUAAAUCACAUUGAAGAUGGUGGUUUAGAAGGUGAUUUUUAAAAUCGGUUGCAAUAAUAGCUGAUAGACGUGGAGAGCGGGGAGGUUGGGGGAAGUCGCUUUAGAUUGUACACUCUUCUCUAUUUGGAGAGCAAAGGAUUUCAUUGGAAAAAUCAAAGGCAAGGCUAAUUAUAGUGAUCUUCAGAUAAGUCGAGUCUCCGGUUCCUCUUCACAGCCUACGUGUCUCCUUGGCAACGCACUCGAAAGUUCAAGGCUUCGCAGAUUUCUGGCGUUUUGAGACAAUGCCUGGCUUUUUUCCAGAGGGCUUUUCCAGAGCCCGUACUGGGCGCAGAGUGGUCACAUGGAAAAGCCUGCAGCAGUCUUUCAUGAAGCGGAGGAUUGGGAGGGGGGCACCUUCACUCACCUUGUGGUCUCUCUUCCCGGAUACGGGAAGCUCGGUGUUGGGAGAUACAGGACAGAUUGGUGAAAGGGCUUCUUCACAUAACGCAUAGGUAAACUUACGGAACUCCCUCCCACAGGAGGCAGUCACGGCCACCGACUUGGGAGGCUUUAAAAGAGGAUUGGACAAAUUCACAGGGGGAGAGAAGGCUGUCAGUGGUUACUAAUCCCAAUGGAGGCUAUGCUCCACUAUUGGAGUCUGUGAUGCUUCUGUAUGUCGGUUGCUGGAAACUGCAGGAGGGGAAGAGUGCUUUUGUGCUCACGUACCCAGUGUGAGAACAGGAUGCUGGACAAGAUGGGCCAUUGGCCCUGAUCCAGCAGGCUCUUCUUAAGAAUGUAGGAAGCUCCCUUUGCACCAGGUAGGAGAGUCCGUCUAGCCCAGUGCUGCCUUCUGGGCCCAGUAGCAGCGCUUCAGGAUCUUAGGCUGAGACAGGUUUUUCCUGUCUCCUGUUACCUGACACUUUUAACUGGACGUUCUUGGGGUUGAACUGGAGUCUGUCACUUGAGCCAAGGGCCCUUCCCUACAUAACAAGCUGUCUUUAUAUGGAGUCAAACUGUUGGUCCGUCUAGUUUAGUAUUGUCUGUGCUGAUUGGUAGCUCUCUGGGUUUUCAGAUGGGAGCCUUUGUCUACCCUUCCUGGAGAUGUCAGUGAUUGCACUUGCGUGCAAAACUUGCAGCCCUUCCCCAGAAGGAAUUGUGAGUUUUCAUAAUAAAGAACAUAAGACACUGUCAUACACUAGAGCCUGUUUGCUCAUCUGGGAGACGCAGAGUUUUGUCUUCUCCCCAGGAUCUCGGACUGAGAAGAUUCUUCCACAUCACCUGCUCCCCUGAUGAUGGCACCUGAGACCUUUUUCUAUGAACUCAUACCCCAAGCUAUUGUUUCUCUAACCCAGUGUUCUUCAACCUUGGGUCUCCAGAUCUUGCUGGAUUACAACUCCCAUCAUCCCCGACCGCUGACCUUGCUGUGGAUAAUGGGUGUUGUAGUCCAACAACUUCUGGGGACCCCAGGUUGCGGGACAGUCUGCAGGCCUGGGAUGGCUAACUUGUGUUUGACACCCAUCAACCCCAGCCAGCAUGGCCAGUGGUCAGAGAAGGGAGUCUGGAGGACCACAGGUUUCACCAUUGCUGCUCUAGACGCUUUUAUCCCCACUGAGCUCACUUUGGUACACAGUGGGCUACCAAGGAUGUUCAAAGCACCCUUUUGCAGUUGAGGCUUCCAGGCUCUCUGCUUCGUGCUGGUUUGGGGCACUGCGGUAUUUAAAAAGGGAGGUCCACAUCUGCAUUUUAGCAAGGUAUAAGAGUGUGUCGAAUCUAUUUUCGAAAAGCUGCAGAAGGGAAACUGGUGUUUUUGUUUCUUUGAUUGCAUCGCCUGCUGCUACUCCUACCACAGAUUCUUUUUUUUUUAUGAUAUUUAUUAAAGUUUCACAUAAAAAAAGACACGUCAAUAAGAAAAAAAUUUAAAAUUAAAAAGAAAAAUACAGUAUACAAAAUACAGAAAGAAAAAAAAACAGUUAAAAACAGUUCCAUCUUUUCAUCACUACUUUUGAAUUUACUUAUUUUUCUGGACCUCCUCAUACCUCCCUCUUUUGUAUUCUAAUUCAGUUUGUUUGUCCAGCAAUUUCUUUCCCUCCUUUUCAAUCCCAAUCCUUGAUCUUAAUAUAAUAUAACAUUAAAUUUUUACCUAUUAAUAGCCAAUUUUCCAUUCUUUUAACCUUUUUAAUCCUAAUCCUUAAUCUUGAUCUGUAUAUAACUUUUAAAGCCUGUACAGCUAGAAACCACUUAAUUUCCAUCCAUCAUCACUCUAACAUUCUUUAAUUUUGCAAUAUUUCUGUAGGUAAUCUUUAAAUUUCUUCCAAUCUUCUUCCACCAACUCUUCUCCCUGGUCACGGAUUCUGCCAGUCAUUUCCGCCUAAUUCCAUAUAGUCCAUCAAUUUCAUCUGCCAUUCCUCCAGUGUGGGUAGCUCUUGUGUCUUCCAAUACUUUGCGAUGAGUAUUCUUGCUGCUGUUGUUCCAUACAUAAAGAAAGUUCUAUCCUUUUUUAACACCGAUUGGCCGACUAUGCCCAGGAGAAAGGCCUCUGGUUUCUUCAAGAAGGUAUAUUUAAAUUAAAUACUCUGGCUUCUCCUCAGAUCGUAUAAAUCUUUCGCCUUUUCCUACCACAGAUUCUAAGGCAUCUUCAGGAGCAAAUGAAGUAGCCACCUUUUAAAACUUUUAAAAACAUGCCAUUUUUAAAGCUACUGCAUUCAGCAGAGACUGGCCCGGGAAGUGUUUGCCUUCAUAAAUGUGGGACUGGGAAAAGACACAGCAGAGGGCUUAGCCUUACUGGCCUUUUUUGCUGAGAUUGCAAUGUCUAAAUCCAUAGCCUCUGUUGCUGAGCUUCUGAUGCUGUCUGUUAACUACUUCCUGCCCAGCCCACAGCUUCUCAUCAGAAAAGCGAGGGAUGAAAUCCAGCUGCCGGGCAGCCAUGUGUCAACUAGGGCUUAUCAGAUGGUUCGGAAAUGGUACAACGGUAUAAUGUAUGUUUGUUGCUGUGCCCAUUUGUUGCGGCAAGCCUCCUAUUCAGACAGCUGCAAGGCCCAGUCCUGCUCUGCUUUUGCCGCAGGAGUGUGCUGUGCCUGCCUUCAGGCUGUUCCUUAGCAGCCUUUUUGCUUAGCCUUUUUGUCUUCUUCCUUGUAGGAAGCCACAGCUGCUGCAGGGUGUCUAUGCCAUGGGUUUCAACAGACCAUCCAAAAUCCAAGAGAACGCAUUGCCCAUGAUGCUGGCAGAACCGUAUGUAUUGGUGCAUACCUGUUGCAGUGCCUGAUGGGUAUGGGGAAGGUGUGGGGUUGGCUGGUUAUGCCAGGUAGUCAAGAGAGUCUUCAGGCUGGGAGGGGCCCAAAGACUAGGGAUGGUGGGCAAGCUUCCCUGUAAAGUUGCCCGUCACUUCUGAUCUUACUCUUCCCACUUCCCGCACAGCUUGCAGCUAGGUGUGUUUUGAAAGGAACAUGUAGCUCAUGGGGUGCCACAAUGUGGCCCAACAGGAAUUUUCCUUUUAAUAGUCCCCUCCUCAAUACACAAGUCUUAUAAUCCCUCCCCCCCCCCACUUUGGUGUGUGUCUCCAGUCCACAGAACCUGAUUGCGCAGUCACAGUCUGGUACCGGUAAGACGGCAGCUUUUGUCUUGGCGAUGCUUAGCAGAGUGGAGCCGGAGCACAGAUACCCCCAGGUAACAGCGGAUCUCUUCAGCAUAGUCUCCUCAGAGGGCCAGUGUCAGGCUUUCUUCUUGCCACUUUUGCAGAGCUCCUCUCUAUUUACGGUGUAAUUGGCCAAUCAGCUGAACCAUGGGUUGGAAGCCUUUUUCCAGCUUGAGGACCGCAUUCCCUUUUAGGAAACCUUGUGCGGGUCAUGUGUCAGUCGUAGAAGGGAGCAAAGGCAAAGUGGGCUGAGCGACAUGCAUAAAAGUGAGGGGGGGAGGGAGGGAGAUAAAGAGAGAACAGACUGGGGAUAGGUUUCUCCCUGGGAAUGAAUGGCAACCACUCCACAAGCAUGGCAGGAACUGAGGCCAUGUGGCGGAGGAUGCGCUGCACCAUAGUAACAUCAUAACAUCCACUUGCCUUAGGACAGUGUCCCAGACUUGCCUCCUUCCUCUUGCAGUGUCUCUGCCUCUCUCCAACCUACGAGCUGGCUCUUCAGACAGGGAAGGUGAUCGAGCAGAUGGGCAGGUUUUAUCCAGAGCUGAAGCUGGCCUACGCGGUUCGAGGCAACAAACGUGAGUGUGAACUCCGUCCUGCUGAAUAAUACUCAGUAUCUCACAAGCAGACUAGAGUACGCAGGCAAGGAAAUGUCAAAAGGGGCAUAAGUCACCAGGGAGGGACCGAAUCCUAACUGGAAGGCCUUUGCGGGGUUUAUGUGGCUGUGGGACUCAUCCAGAUGAUGCUGAUAAUAGCCUGAGCCAGCAGGAUCCAGACCAGACCAAUUGGCCCCUCAAGUUGGUGUUUCUAUAGUUAACCUGCUGGGUUGCUUACAAAUGUGGGUUUUCUGGCUGACGGGGUUGAUGAGCUCUUUCAAUGCUGAAUUUUAGACAUUGCGAGUGAGGGGCUGGAGAUGGGGAAGAGUUGGUUUCCACAGAUGGUAGGAGACGAAGCACAGUUUGGUCGCUCCAGCAGGACUCUCCCAGGAAAGCGCGCCCAAGCAGAUAGUGCUGCCCUUUCUGGGUCUGCUGAGGUUCUGCCUACCUCACAUCUGCCCUUGAUCUCUUCCAUGAAUAGUGGAGCGUGGCCAGAAGAUUGCUGAGCAGAUUGUCAUUGGCACGCCUGGCACCGUCCUGGAUUGGUGCUCCAAGCUGAAAUUCAUUGACCCCAAGAAGAUCAAAGUCUUUGUCUUGGAUGAGGCCGAUGUCAUGAUAGCCACCCAGGGUCACCAGGAUCAGAGCAUCCGCAUCCAGAGGUAAGGGUGGACGCCUUGUACAAUUGACUGGGUGCCUUGUCACCAGUUCGAUGCCGGAUUUCCCUGGCGCAGCUGUGCACAUCCAGUACCCUUCCGGUUAGUUGCAAAUUUCAACAGAAACGAAACUUACUUCUGACUUUACCGGCCCGAAGGAGCUUGGGCCUUGCAUAAUAGUAGUUGCUUCAGGAGCUCUGUUAUCUCCCUAUAAUUGUCCCAGUCUGCCACGUUUGGCAUUUUAGGUACGGUGCUACUACAUUGAUGGCUACCAGCCACAGUGGCUGUCCUCUGCCACCACAGUUGGAGGCAGCAAUGCAUCUGAGUUUCAGGUGCUGGGAACCACAGGAGGGGAGAGGGCUCUUGUGCCCGGGUCCUACUUGCAGGUUUCCUGCAGGCUUUUGGUUGGCUGCUGUGAGAACAGGAUGCUGGACUAGAUGGGCCGUUGGCCUGGUCCAGCAGGCUCUUCUUAGGUUGUAGUAAUGGUCCCUAGUUUAGAAAUCAAAGGGGAUUAGACACAUUUAUGGAAAAGGAGAAGUCUCAAAAAUGUAAGCUGUAGCAGUGAUGGCUCAAUGGAACCUCCAAGUUUGUCAAUGUCUUUCUGAAAAAACUCUGCUGGGGGAGCAGGGAUCCCAAGAUGGCAGUGGAGGAGUGUUCUCUUCAAGCCCUGAUUGUGGGCUUCUGGGAACUUCUGGUCAACAGCUGUUGAGAAGAAAAGUCUCUGGCUAGAAGGGCCAUUGGUGUGAUCCAGUGGAGUUGUUCAGUUCUUAUUGUGACUCUCUAGCUGAGGAAAGAAUGUGGCUUUUCUCCCCACCCCACCCGUAUCCUAUUUCUCAGGAUGCUUCCCAAAGACUGCCAGAUGUUGCUCUUCUCAGCCACGUUUGAAGAUUCUGUGUGGAAGUUUGCCCAGAAAGUUGUCCCCGACCCCAACAUCAUCAAGCUGAAGCGGGAGGAGGAGACUCUGGACACCAUCAAACAGUAUUACGUCCUGUGCAACAGCCGUGAGGAGAAAUUCCAUGCCCUCUGCAACAUCUAUGGCGCCAUCACAAUUGCACAAGCCAUGAUCUUCUGCCACGUGAGUCCUUUUUUUGUUUGCUGCUCACCAACCCCUCUUGCUUUUGGCUUCAUGCAAAUCCAAAACAGUGAUGCAUCACUACAAAUCCUCCAGUGGGGGCUGUGCUAUGGCAGCCUUGCAUUUUUUAUGCAUAUAGGAAGAAAUUAAAAAUAUUUCCAACUAAAUAGCGGAUCAUAUAGAUAACACAGCAGAGGCCCAAAAGCACAUAGUAUCCUUUUGCAAAAUAUUUUUGGAGACAGUAUUCAUUUUUGGUGCUGGUUUUGCCCUUCUGCUAUUAUAAUAUUCACAACAGACUGUGUGAUUCAGCAUUUUCCUAAGUAAUGGGAUCCGAUUUUCAACACAUUCAUCAUCAAUUUGUCUCCUUUCUCUCACUUUUAUUGUAUUAGUUGAUUUUAUCAUUUGGGCACCAUCCCAUAGUUUUAUAAUCCAGCAGUCCAAUGCUGGAACAUUUUUUUUUCUUGCUUGAAACUAAUUGCCAUGCAGGCAGCUGUUGGAAAGUGUUGUUAUCUCCCUGUCCUUUAACGAAACAUAGUCUUUUACAUAUCCCAAUGUUACUUGUAGCAAAUGCCCUAUUAUAUUCUCAAUUUAUUUCAACACUGAAGUCCAGGAGGGUAUUAUUUGAGGACAUGGCCAAAAUCUGUGUCGUAUAUCGGCACUUGUAGUCUUGCAUCUCCAACACAGGUUAUUUGAUUAAGUCUAGCUAGGGUCAAGUAAGACCUGAAGAUGAGUUUGUAGAAAUCUUCUGAGACUGAUGGGGAAUACAUAUGCAUUCUCCAUUCCCAAGUUUUGAUGGGUUUCCAGAAACUUGUCCCAGGAUCUUUCCCCAGAUCUCUUCCCAUAUUUCUGGAUGGCUAUUGGGCAUUGUAUCCAGUUUCACAAUUAGUUUCCAGGUCUUCUGGAGUAGCAUGUAAGUGCUUUGAGGGAAGAGGUGGGGACAUCCCAGUUUUAAAAAAGAAUUAAAUCGGCUCAUUUUUAAAAGAACUAAAUCGGCACCUACACCAUCUACUGCCAUACUCAGAGAGAGAGAGAGCUUUUUGCACCUCAGCUCUGUUCUGACCUACUGGGAGGGUGAGUGUCUAAUCCUUGCAUCAUCGAAUGAAACAUAGGCCUAUUUAAGAGGCUCAUGCUCAAUGUCGGAGAGACUGAGCCAAUGCAAAGAGGAACUGAGCAGGAAGUACCUAAGUGGAGUUUUUCCUUUAUUUCCAAAUGUAGGGUUAAGCAGAGGUGGAAAUCCCUUGCCAUAAAAAAGCCCCUCUCUGUUGGUGUUCAUGGAGGUGCUCCUCUUUUUGUUUCACAUUUUGCAGACUCGCAAAACAGCUGGCUGGCUAGCUGGGGAGCUCUCCAAGGAGGGUCACCAGGUGGCACUCUUGAGUGGCGAGAUGAUGGUGGAGCAGCGUGCUGCAGUGAUCGAUCGCUUCCGGGAGGGCAAGGAGAAAGUGUUGGUGACUACGAAUGUCUGUGCCCGAGGUAACGGUGUACUCCCUGUACUCUCCAAAAUUGGCUUCGGGGUCAGGAGGACCCCCGGAAUGGGGGCUGGAGGGAGGAGAGGGCAAACCAAAAUACUUGCCCUGAUGGAACGAUUGCCUUAGUGCACUACUCAAUACCUCUCCCAUUCCUGCAUUGCAGGGGGUUGGACUAGAUGACCCUGGUGGCCCCUUCCAACACUGAUUUUAUGAUUCAGUUCCAUUUUGUUUGUUUUUGAAAACAAAAAAUCAGAACUAAGAGAACUUGGAAAAGGCUGCUAGAUUUUAAGUAAAUAAAUUGGUGGCUGGUUUUUUUGUUGGUAUGUUUUAAGGGCACAUUUUAGGCCUUCUGUGCUGCAAACAUUCUGUGCUUUUGUAAACCUUAUUCCUUCUAUAAAGGAACGAGCUGUCCUCUCCAAAUCUCGCAAUGCUCUCCUCCCCUAGGGAUUGACGUGGAGCAGGUCUCCGUCGUCAUCAACUUUGACCUUCCAGUGGAUAAAGAUGGGAAUCCGGACAACGAGACAUAUCUUCACCGCAUUGGCCGCACGGGACGUUUUGGCAAGCGGGGCCUGGCCAUCAACAUGGUGGACAGCAAGCACAGUUUGAACAUCCUCAACAGGAUCCAGGAACAUUUCAGUACGUCCUGCCAUGCUUCUUUCCCCCAUCUUUUGUUGAGCAGCUUAAGCGGCUAUUGUGCAACCUAACAGGGCACUUCCAAGUCGAAUAAUUGUGUGCUGUUCUGGGUGUUCUGCACCCCACAUCAGAAAGGUGGGAGGAGUGGUGGAAACUUGAACCCCUAUUUGCUGGGAUCUCCAAGUGUUGUUGGACUCCAGCGGCCCCCAUCAACAUGGCGAGUUGUUGUGGAUGAUGGGAACUGGAGUCCAACACCAUCUGGAGGGCCGCAUGUUCCCCCCUCUUAAUCUUUUGGGAUAAACUACGCAUCUCCACCUGGUAAUGAUUGGAUAUCCUCAGAAACAGGCCUCUGGGAAAACCACUCUGUCAAACUGUUUGUGAGGACAGGUGAGGUUGGUGAGGCCUCUCCAUCCCCAGCCAAAGCAACUUGGCCAAGGAGAAUCUCUCUCCCUCCCAGACUGAAGCUUCACAAUCACUGGAUUAGAUUAGUAAUCCUCAAACUCUGCCAUGAGAGAGAGCUGCCAGUGUUGUCCCAAGAAUUACCUUUUUUAAAAAAUAAAUUGAAUGCAAUAUUUCCCAACCUAGCUGUCCUCUACCUAGCUGCUGUCAGACUACGAUUCCCCUCAACCCUGGUGGCCAGGGAUGGUGAUGGAAAGUCGGGGUGCACCAGGUUGGCCGAAGCUAAUUUAACGUCCCUUGGGGGUUAUCAACUCAGAAGGCGGACCACUAUUUCUGUGGAAGUAGGCAAGGCCAGAACAGAGAGCCAUGCCAUCAGCUCUGUUCCCAGGGGACUGUCAUUGUGUGUGCUGGGACCCACUGCACAGAAGGUGCCUAACUGCCUUCCUCUCUGAGAGAUGGUGUCUGUUGUCUCUCUGCAUGAAGCACUGUGCUGGACUUGCCUUCUUCCAAUUAGGGAUGUGCUCUGAGGCUUUGAGCACUGAUUUGUGCAGUAGCAAAGGAGGUGGGCCUUCUGGGAAGGUGGCCGACUCUCAAUCCUGUACACUGGGAGGCCACUCAGAGUGGCUGGGGCAACCCAGAUAGAUGGGCGGGAUACAAAUAAUAAAAUUGUUGUUGCUGUUGUUAUUACUGUAAAAGUGAAGUGGUAUGUUUCUCCAGGUUCCGUUUUAAUUGUGAAAAAGAUGUUUGGCUGUCGGCCUUUAAAUGUUUCUCACCACCACCCCUCCUUGGUUUAACCUGAGGAGGAUUUGGUUUGAUGCAAUCCCUGGUCGUAAUUCCAGUUCUUUCUUGUUAAUUUGACUCCACUUUCUUUCUCCCCCCGCCCCCUCCCCAGACAAGAAAAUUCACAAGCUGGAUACAGACGAUUUGGAUGAAAUUGAGAAAAUAGCAAAUUGAAGCCCGGUUGCCGGAAUUGGUGCACAAUCCCUCCCACGGUAGCACUCCUACUGCAAUUGGAUCGCAUCCUGAUUGGCACACGUCUUAGCCAGUCACACGCAAAGGGACUUUUUAAAGAUAACAAAUACACAGAAAUUACCUCAACUUUAAAAAAGAAAAAAAAAAAAGUGUGUGGCUGGACUUGAUUUUUAAAGAAGUACAAACUUUGGAGAAAGAAGAAAUGUUUACAACAAAUUUUAACUUCCUUUUUUAUUUUUUAGUUUAGCCUUAAAAUGGGAAGAUAUCUUAAAUUCUAAAGAUGAUGCCAAAAACAUAGCCAAUCACUAAGUAGAGGAGAGAAUCAGACACACCUGCUUUGAUCUCUGUCAAGAGAGGAGCAACAUUUUAACCAUGGCCAAGCGGUAUAUUAAAUGUUCCAACAACCCAGUUGUAUAUAGAGAGGACCUUCUGUUCUUUGACGGAGAGAGCUCGGAAAUCUGGCAAAAAGGAGUUUUUGUGAAAUGGCGUUUUUCACUUAGAGCUUUCUGUUUCCUAGAUCUCUGCAGAUCACACUGCUAAUUCCUUAGAUAGGUGGUCCAGAGGUAAUUGCUCUUCAGUAGGCUGAACAAUCACCUGACUUUUAACUUCUCCCUUGCAAGGAACAUGCCCUAGGAACUGUAUUCUAACCUGCUGACCUGCAGAAGCUUUUGGACUCCAAACUCGCAGCAGGCAGCAUGGGCGCCUUAGUCAAAAUAUGAUGGGUGUGAUAGUCCAACUGCAUCUAGGGAGGUCCUAUACUGACCACCCCUGUUCUAUGGAGUCUUGAGAUCCUCAGUCACCACGCAGGACUGCCCAGAGUGGCUUGAGGGGAGAGCUGUUGCUUUUGGAUAUGUUUUUUGUUCACAGGGUUGGCAGAGGCAGUGUCUGCUGUAGAUUUUGGAAGGUCAGGCACCCUUUGUGAGCCUGCCUCCUCAUUGCUUCAGGUCCAGGAGUCUCUUUUGGCUCUCAGCAAAUGCAUGGUCAUGCCAGCCUUUGUGGUACCCCUGGAGCUGUCUUUGUAUUUAAAAUGCUGUUGUGGCGAAGGAUGCCAAUUUAGCACAGUGGAUGUAGGGUGUAUUAUCAGUUCUGCCAUACCAGAAAAGACAACCUGUACUACUUCGGUCAGGAAAAGGGAUGAAGAGGUUAAUCAGCAAGUCCUCCGUUGUGUCAGAGUAUCGGGUAGAUCUGCACUUUGCAAGCAGGGAGCAAUGAAGAAGUAGAGGAGGAUGGAUUAAAGAUUUGUUGGUUGCAUGCCCCCAUCGCCCAAGGAAAAGGAUUGCAAACGAUGGCUCUUACUCUAGCAAUGCAACUGCAAAGCCAGUAUAACCUCUUUCCUGGGCCUUGUUUCAUUCCCAUCGUAAAGUCUGCCAGCAGGCUGCAUUUUAGACAGGUAUAACAAUUCCAAGGCCACCUGGUUGCCAGGGUAGACUCUAAUAGACCCAGUUGUAUUCCUGGCCUCUGUAGCAGCUGAUCUGGAGGCAGGGGAAGCUCAGUCUUAUCUUUGUGCCCUUCUGACACAAGGUGUGGCCGAUUCCGGAAAUCCAUCUAGAACGGAAUGGUGGACGUCGAACUGUCUAGGCCAAUUCAGACUAACUUCUGUUGCAGCACAGCAAAAAGGGAACUUGUGGUCAGGCAGGAAAAGGGAUGCAUUGUGGGGCCAAAGACUUCUUGUACUAAUGCAGUUUUUAAGUAUGUUUUAUCUUGAAAGGGGGGCAGUUCCCCCAACCUCAUGACAGUUGGAGGAUUGGGACAACCCCCUACUUGGCACAGGAAUCUUUUAAAAAAACCUAAUAAAUGGUAAAUUUUGUGGAUUUAUCCAUAUCCUUUUUAAAAAUGUCAUUUUAAAUUUUUUUAAAACAUUCCAGUUGUUAACUUCUGUUCAAUGAUGGAAAUAUGGAAUCUAAAUAUAAAUAUAUACUUUAGGAAGUGGACAAAUGCAGACUCCAAUCAAUUUGUGUUAAACGGCUUUAAGAAGUGGUGGAGCCAUUAAAAAAAAAUACAUAACAACUUUACCAGGAUAUAUCUAUUUUUCUUCCUUGCAAGGGGGACAGCUGAGUGUGUGCUUUUUUGUGGCAGAGGCUAUUCAACCACUUUCUUUAUGUAGAACUGCCGAGUGACAAUAUUGAGAGCAUUGUGCUGGUCUUGAAUAGAAGAUGGGUGGGCCUGCGUGGUUUUCCUAAUGUACUUUUCAGUUGGAAUAAAGAACCCAAAAGACUGAAAUGUAGUCCUGGCUGCCUUUCUCAUUCAGGUAGACUACUUUUUUCAGCCAGAGUUGACAAUUGCGUGUGUCUGUAUUAACAACCAGCUUUGCAGCACUGGACUGGGAGCAGGUUUAAAAAAAUUAUCCCAGGACUGUACUUCAGGAGGGAUGUUGAGCAAACUGGGCAAGAUGAGGUGGAUCUCAUGUUUAAGUCUUAAAAGGUUGUAGUUUGUAUACAUCUUAAGGUUUAUUGUCAGUGUAGACAAUAAUCAGCUAGACCAGGGGUAGGCAACCUAAGGCCAGAUGCGGCCCAAUCGCCUUCUCAAUCCGGCCUGCGGACGGUCCCGGAAUCAGCGUGUUUUUACAUGGGUAGAAUGUGCUUUUAUUUAAAAUGCAUCUCUGGGUUAUUUGUGGGGCAUAUGAAUUCGUGCAUUCCACCCCCCCCAAAAAAUAUAGUCCGGCCCACCACAUGGUCUGAGGGACAGUGGACCGGCCCACGGCUGAAAAAGGUUGCUGACCCCUGAGCUAGACUGACCAAUGAUACGACUUUCUGUUGUUGUUGUUGUUUAGUCGUGUCCAACUCUUCGUGACCCCAUGGACCAGAGCACACCAGGCACUCCUGUCUUCCACUGCCUCCCGCAGUUUGGUCAGACUCAUGGGCCCUGUGUCCUCCCCAAAUGGGAAACCACAGAGCAGAUUUAUAUUGUGCAAACUGAAAUCCUUGCACUAACAGGAUGCAUUAGAUAUGCUGGGCAGGAUCCAACUAUGUCCCAUCAAUUUCAGUGUAUCUGUUCUUGAGUAAGGGUAAAACAGAAAUAACCCACUUUGUUUGACAACACAGGUAAAGAUGGCUGUGUUACCUUUGAGCUCAGGGGAAUUGGGAUGGUUGCUGUUAAGCACAAUAUCUUUGAUGAAGACACCUCUUGAACUGGUCCAAUGUGCUUACCAUUAGCCACCUUGACCUUCUGUCAAGAAGGAAAGUGGGAUAGAAACUAUAAAAGUGGGGUGGAGACCUUUGGUGCCUGCUCAGUUACCCACCCAAGUAUCGUGUAUGUGUGUGUGUGUUCCAAAUUGUUGAUCUUGCAGCACUAAAAAAUUAGGCACUCAAAAUGAACACUUGCCUGGACAAAACUAGUCCAGUACACCCAGAAUAUAUUUAUUGUAUCUAACAGCACACACAACAUAUAUUCAAAUUAUACUGAAGUGCAAAAAGCAUACUUUCCCACCCUCCAUCCAGGAAACUCUUCCAUUGCUUUAAGCCUUGGUUGUUUAUCCCCCUUGGCAUUUUCCAGGUUUUUUUUUCUACUGUUCCCAUGGGGGAGACCUAAGCUUUCAGGCCAUCAGAUUCCAGGCCCCUUUCAGUGGUCCUUGUCGCUGUAAUUCUGAAAAUAUUCGGCUCCCCUCUACCCUGAGAGGGCUCCCCCCCUCCAAAAUCAGAAACCAAAGUCAGCAUUUGUUCACACAGCCCAGAGGUCAUCUGCCUAUAUAUGGAAUAGUGCUGUCACGUAGGUGACAGUUUCAUAUAUGGAGCAGAAUCAAGUGGUGAAGUCUUUCUGAACUGCCUUCUCGGGCUGGAGACAGGGUUUGACUAUACUCUCCUAUGAGACAAAGAUGGAAUUGGGAAUUAGACCAGUAGCCUCCCAGAGAUGAUUUACUGAGUGCAUGGGGAGGCAAACGAUGCAGUCCAAGGGAACCUUCGCCGCUUGAACCUAUGCCAUGUAGACACUGACCCUAAGCUGGAAUGACUUCUAAGCAAGACCACUGCCACCGCUCCCCUUGGGUGAAGAAAACACAUUUUGUGCCCCACACCCAUGGUGCCGCUGAUCAAGCAAACUUGGAGCAAACCAGGCUGCUCAUACCACACUCUUCCUUGUCUCUCUGCACUAUAACCCCUGCUAGGUAGAACAGGAAGUUUCCCCCAUCAUUCUUGACCCUGCUACAUGAAUCAGGAAGGUGAAUGUGGGCUCUCAGGAUCAGGCCUUGCCUUGUGACUGCAGGCUAAUAUCUUGUCCAGAGAUGGCAUUGCUGCCUGUCACCCAGGUGUCGUAUGCUGAUGGCCCAGGAUGCCCUGCAUUCUUUCACCUCUUUCUGCCAUACGUGUCACACUUUGGGGGUAUUGACACGUCACCCCAUUCCACCUUGCUGUUGUCGGCAUCUCUGUUUCCUAAAGGACCCACACGCGUUUCAGAAGCGGGAAAACAAGUGGAAGGCAGGCCGCUUUGCAAAGAGAGGAAGCAAGGCUGGGCACUCUACUAGUCUCGCCUGUAAGGAUGUGAGAGUAGAGAUGGCCACUGUAGUGGCCCUAUAGCUGCUGCUGAAUUCCACCUUUCAUCAGCCCCAGCCAGCAAGGCCGAUAGUCAGGGAUGAUGGGAACUGGAGUCCAGCAGCAACUGGAAGGCCCCAAGCUGGCUGUUCUUGAGUUAGAGCAAAGAGGUGAGGAAUAUCUGCCCCACUCUGCCCAAUCCUCAUUUGUGUCAAAGUGAUGCAGGCCCUGGCCUAACUUUUAGCAGCUGCCAUCAAAGCGAAGGUCAAUUUCCUACCAACCUCCAAGGUUCAUUUGGCCAUCUCGGCAAGGCAAAAGUGAGAUUGGAUAAAGAGGAAUUAACACUCGGAAGCAGAAUGUUUUGGCAAGCUGUGUACUUAGAGCUUAACCCACCCCAACCUCUCAAUAAUACUAAGAUUUCAAAUCCUGCAUGUGAACAGAAAGCUUUUUUAAAAACAUUCAAACACAGAUUUUUAAAAAAGAAUAUAAAUGGCAUUUUGAUAAACACAAACAGGUUAAGAUUCAUUUUUU